AUGGAGAACACGACAAUUAAGAAGAGCCUACAUCCACUAGAUGAUAUCUUAAAACCAGAAGAAGGGGAGGGGGAGAGAAGAGGAAGGCGGGGGGAAGGAGGGAGGCUGGCCAAGGGCUCCAGGGGCUCGAGGAGGUGGGCCAGGGACUUGAGGAAGCCAUCGAGGGCUUGGGGAGGCUGCUGGGGGGAGGCGGGCCAGGGGCUCGGGGAGGCGGUCGGAGGGAGGUGGGCCAGGGCCUUGGGGCUCGGGGAGGCGGCCGACGGCUUGAAGAAGCCAAAUCCAGUGGUGGGGGAAAGAGGGGAAAUCGGAGGCAACCGAAGAGAGGCGGGCCGGGGGCUUAGGACUCGGGGAGGUGGCCAGCAGCUCGAGGAAGCCGGAUCCGAUGGUGGGGGCGAGAGGGGGAUUGGAGGCAAUCGGGGGGAGGCGGGCUGGGAGCUCGAGAAGGUGGGAGGCAACCGAGAGAUCGCAGCUGAAGGCUCAGGGAGGCGGAAGGUGGUCGAAGGCUCGAAGAGACAGUCGGAGGUUCGAAAAAGUGGGAUCUAA